AUGGUGCCCUGCAGUUGCAUGCUGUUGAGAAAAUAUGGACAUUUCAUUGAUAACCUAAGAAUCUUCACCAAGGGAGGAAGUGAUGGAAUGGGUUACCCUCGUUCAGGUGAAGAAGGUGGAAGAGGUGGUGACAUCUGGGUUGUGGGCCAUAAAAAUAUGACCUUAAAACAACUUAAAAACAAAUAUCCUCAGAAAUGGUUUUUGGCUGGAGGAGGAGCAAACAGUCGAAUGAGCUCACUGAAGGGCUCCAAGGGAAAGGACUGUGAAGUACCUGCUCCUGUGGGUAUCUCAGUAAAUGAUGAAAAUGGUGAAGUGCUACGAGAACUCAAUAAAGAAGAAGACAGAAUUCUGGUUGCUAAAGGUGGCCUUGGUGGUAAAUUGCAUAUAAAUUUCUUACCUUUGAAAGGCCAGAAGCGAAUAAUUCACCUAGAUCUAAAAGUUGGAGUUGAUGAAGGCCUAGUAGGAUUCCCAAAUGCUGGAAAAUCCUUACUAAGUCGGGUUUCCCAAGCAACAACUGUGACUGCAGAUUAUGCAUUUACAACACUAAGGCCUCAACUUGGAAAGAUUAUGUACAAUGAUUUCAAACAGAUUUCAGUAGCUGAUCUCCCAGGUUCAAUAGAAGGAGCACAUAUGAACAAAGGCAUGGGCCACAAGUUUCUCAAGCAUUUAGAGAGAACCCGACAACUGCUUUUUGUUGUUGAUAUUUCUGGAUUUCAGCUUUCUUCUGUAACUCCAUACAGAACUGCCUUUGAAACUAUAAUACUUCUUACAAAAGAGUUGGAGUUAUACAAAGAAGAACUGCAGACAAAACCUACACUCUUGGUCGUUAAUGAGACAGACUUGCCGGAUGUCCAAGUUAAUGAGACAGACUUGCCGGAUGUCCAAGUCAAACUUCAUGAACUGACGAAGCAGCUCCAGAGCCCUAAAGAUUUUCUGCAUUUAUUUGAAACAAAGAUGAUUCCAGAGAAGGCUGUAGAGUUCCAGCGUAUCAUUCCCAUCUCAACAGUUACUGGAGAAGGGAUUGAGGAGUUGAAGAGCUGUAUAAGAAAAGCACUGGAUGGGCAGGAUGACAAAGAAAAUGAUGUAUAUCAUAGCAAACAGUUGCUUAAUCUGCAGAGUUCCAGUUCAUCGUCUUAG